AUGACUCCCACGACGUUUUUUCGAGACCCUACCAAGGUCAACCCUCACGAUGAGGUCGCUCGUCGUCUUUUUCUUGUUGCCUACAUGAAGGCUUCAGGGCACUACAAGAAAGAACUUCUGGAGCAGUGGCACAAGAAGGCGGUGAUGGAUUUAAGCAGAAAUUUACAUUCCAAAGGUGUGCGUCGAGUUGGCCAUUUAGCCUUUGAGUACAUGGUCGACUCCCUUGUCUGGGAUGACUUUUUAGACUCGGAAGGAAUUAGAGGAGUUGCCCCCGAGUUUCCGUGGAACAAUCCGCCCGAUGAAAACGACUACAGCCAGGGCAUUUCCACUGCCUUCAUGGACUGGUGCCUGGAAAAUGGCCAAGAGGUGCCUCGAGAUGUUCCAGUGUCUGUCUCUACAAACUCGACUCCGCAGCAAGUUUCUCAGAAUAAAUCCAGCUCCCAGGAGGGGGUGGACAACGACAAGCUCAUGGAGCAACCCCAUAUCCCUUCGCUGGCUGUCCGACAAAUCAUCUGGGAGAGUGUAAAUGGAAAUCUCUCUUUCAUCUAUCCAGUCGUUGGGCCUUUCGAAAUCGAAGUCCCAUCAUCGCUCGACUUCCAUGGUUUGAUCUGGGGUGAUGAUGGAAAACUCUACGACCAAAUGAUCUCGUCGCUACACGACUUUCUAACAAUAGGCUGGACUAUCGCUGGAGGGAAGCCCUCUAGUUUGGUUGUUGGUUUCAAGCCCUCCCAUGAAGACGCAGCCGGGUGUCACAGGCAAUGGCUCGACUUGACGACAUUGUGGGAAGACGUUAUCACUUGGGUCAUGGCGGUCAGACGGGGCAGCUCUGCCACCCUGUCAGACACUUUGACUAUCCAGCACUGUACGAGAAUGGGAGUGGUAUACAGCAAGUCUUAUGGUAGACCUACGGGACUUCAUUCGGAGAGUGGCCCUGCAGAGGAAGAAUAG